AAUUGUCUAGUCGACUGGAGGCUUUGACAGGCAGUAACUUCAGCCAUUCCAGUGAUAAGACGAUCGCGAGUAUAACAACAAGUGUUAAUCGAAGUCUAUCACCCUUAAUAAGCAGAAAUAAAGGAAAAAACUAUCACCAAUGACUCCAAUCUUUAAAAAAACACUUCGUGAUGAAGUUGUUCAAAUCAUUAAUAAUUUAGGUUCCAGAAUUUUGUUUAAUGUUUCACAAACGUUUAGUGACCAGAAGAAAUCAAUAAACAAAAAACUUUUACCAGCGGUAAAAGCGGCAAUGAAUCCAUCUAUUGAAGUAUAUGAUACCGAGAUUGUUAAUGUAAUCAAACAGCUUCAUAAGUCUCACCGAGAUAUCUGGAAAAUAACCCAGGAUGGCAAAUUAGAUACGCACAGUAGACGUCAACAUAUGACUUCUUGGCGAGACCAAAAAAUAACGCGACGUAAACGCGGUUUACAACACAUGAUUAACACAAAAGACAAGGUUUUAAAUGACUGCAAACCUCAAGAAAUUACCUGGGACGAGUACAUGAAAGAUUGUGAAAAAAUUGUAGUGAUCUCGGAACUUCAUUCCGAUGAGUGGUCAUCGGAAGAUGAAAAUCUUGCCAACAAUGAAAAAAAUCUAGAGAAAAGACCAGAACGUUUAGAUAAAUCGAAUUCUGUAAUCAAAAUACAUGAAAAAAAAUGGAAAUCUACGAGAGUAUGUAAAGUUAUUUCUUUAUCAAUAUAACAUUUAUAAAUAAUAUUUUUUUUUUUAAUUAGAUUAGGAGAAUUCUAAGUAGGG